UGGGUAACCUUAGAGUACAAAAAGUCUAAUUCAAUAUAAAUACCAGGUCCGGAAUCAACUUUUUCUUCUUUGUUCUCUAUAUACUUUUUUUUCUAAAUUCUACUUUUUUCAUUUCAAAAAAAAAUGCAAAUUUCUCAAUCGUGUAUCUUGAUUGCUUUCUUGGCCCUCUUGAGCAAUGCUGUGGUCUUGGCUGGCCAAACCAAAUGUCAAUUGUCUAUUGAAAAGGCUACAUUACAAGCUUCCAACAGCCACCUUCGUAUUCGUGGUCAUAUCAAUGCCAAGGGUCAUUGCAAGCCUACUUCAUCUGAUCCUGGAAAUGUCAUGACAACUGUCAAGUUCAAAGCCAAAAAGAACGUUUCUUUCAGAGAUGGUCACCAUGCUCGUCAUUCUGGUAAUGAAUGUAGCAUUGUUGCCAAUUGGUACAAUAAGCCUGAUGAUUACAAGCAUUCCGGCAAGAAUAUGCAAGUCUAUGUUCCUCUUCGUUCUGUCAAGAGUAUCAAAUGUAACAAAGAUUCUAAGCACGCUACCAAGACUAAGAAGAGCAAGUCCAAGACCAAGAAGAGAACCACCAAGAAAUCUAAAAAGACUACCAAGAAAACAACUAAGAAGUCAUCCUCUGGUGGUAGCUACAAUUCUCAUUACAGUGGUCAAGCUACUUUCUUUACUCCUGACCAAGGUGCUUGUGGUGACUGGAAUGACGAUAGUGAUUAUAUUGCUGCUAUUGGUGGCUCUCUUUACGGUAGUUAUAGCAGAAAGAGUUCUUACUGUGGAAAGAAGGUCAAGGUAGUGAACAAGGCUAAUGGCAAGAGCGUCAUUGUUACUAUCAAGGAUGCUUGUGAAAGCUGUGCUAAGACUCAUAUUGAUCUUUCCCCUGCUGCCUUUGCUAAAAUUGGUAAAUUCGAUACUGGUAUUCUUAAGGUCGACUGGUACAUUUACUAAGACAUGUAAAAAAAAAUUUUUGUAUCUAUGAGUUGAUCUCAUUUCAUGCUUCAUUCUUUUUUUUUUUUUCUAAAAAAAAAAGAGAAGCAUAUCGUAUAUUUUUUUAAGGAAAAGCAAGUCUUUCAACUACAUGUGUGAACAUGUUUUACAUAUAAAUAGAACAUAUUUUAUACUUUCAUAAACAAACAAUAAAAAUAGUCUUUUGAAAAGCUAAAAAAGUUAACCGAA